CAAUUAUUCAGUACUGAUGAUGGGGAUGCCAUGGCCCGCCCACUAAUCCGCCACUCCGUCUGUGAUUGGCAGAGAGGCUUUCUUUCUCUCCAAUCCCGGCUAUCCAGUUGGUCGAGAAGAUGUCGCUCCUCAGAUAUCCCACGCUGGUUAGUCGGGGCUGCUGAAGCGAGGCGGGGAUUGUCUGAAGCGCAGCCCGGCGGGCACACUGUGACCCGGAGCGGGUGUAAGCCCGAACUGUACCCGCUACCGAGAGGAUGCUGAGCCGCUUGAUGAGCGGAAGCAGCCGCAGUUUGGAGCAGCAGUGUGUGUGCACCGUGAGGCUGCUGGAUGACUCGGAGUAUACGUGCAGCGUGCAGAAAGAUGCUAAAGGUCAGCAACUGUUUGAUUUCCUGUGCCACCAUCUGAAUUUGCUGGAGAAAGAUUACUUCGGAAUUCGCUACGUGGAUCCGGAGAAGCAGCGGCACUGGCUGGAAUUUACAAAAGGAAUCGCUAAGCAAAUGCGAGCUCGGCCCCCGUAUGUAAUGUGCUUCAGGGUAAAGUUUUAUCCCCCGGAUCCAGCAGCUCUGAAAGAAGAAAUCACUCGGUACUUGGUUUUUCUGCAAGUGAAGAGGGAUCUGUACCAUGGGCGAUUAUUGUGUAAAACCUCUGAUGCUGCCUUACUUGCCGCCUAUAUACUGCAGGCUGAGAUUGGGGAUUAUGACCCUGGGAAACACCCAGAAGGGUACAGCUCCAAGUUCCAAUUCCUCCCUAAACACUCAGAGAAGCUGGAGCGCCGGAUCGCCGAGAUUCACCGGAAUGAACUGAGUGGGCUGAACCCUGCAGCAUCUGAACUGUGUUUUCUGAGGAAAGCUCAGACACUGGAGACAUAUGGAGUUGAUCCCCAUCCAUGUAAGGAUGUCUCUGGGAAUUCGGCAUUUCUUGCAUUUACCCCAUUUGGAUUCAUCGUGUUGCAGGGAAAUAAAAGAGUCCACUUUAUAAAAUGGAGCGAUGCCACAAAAAUGAAAUUUGAAGGGAAAACUUUUCAUUUGUACAUGAGAGAGAAGGAGGAAAAGCGCUUGGUGCUCACAUACUUGGCUCCAAAUCCAGAGGCCUGCAAACACCUGUGGAAAUGUGGGGUGGAAUAUCAGUCAUUCUACAAACUAGAAAACUCCAACCAAGUUCGCACAGUUUCCAGCAGUAACUUAUUCUUUAAAGGCAGCAGAUUUCGAUAUAGUGGUAGAGUUGCUAAGGAAGUUAUGGAAUCAAGUGCCAAAAUCAAGAGAGAACCACCUGAAAUCCACAGGAUGGGGAUGGUGCCAAGCCGCAGUUGUCCUUCAAUCAGUCACGGGCUAAGAUUGAGCAGCGUGCCCCGCACACGAAGGAGAGCUGUACAUAUAUCUAUCAUGGAAGGUCUGGAGGCUCUCCGUGACAGUGCUCAUUCAACUCCUAUUCGCUCCUCUGAUCACCUGGAUGUUUUGUCACUUCAUGCUUCCCAAGAGACAGUGAUCAGCGAUGAAGCUUACACCCCAAGCUGCAGCAUCCUCCCCACUCCUGUGAGCGAGCCUAACCUGGAGCUGACAGUUGGACAGCAGGUGAAUGGUACUUCGUGCAGCCCACAGAAUGAUGAGAGCGAUGUGGCUUCAACCCCUGUCUCUGAUGCAGAAAUUCCUCCACCAGCACUACCUGGGCCAGACGGAGCCAGUCCUGUUGAAUCUGAGCCAGAGCAGGCCAAUAAGUUCCUGCAAAGUGUUUUUCGACUGCUGGCAGUUACAUUCUUUCUACUGUUGGUGCUGCUACUGCUGCUGGUUAUAUUGGCAGAGUCUGAGCUGGAGUUGGCAUUCUUACGGGACAUUCGGCUUACGCCGGAAUUUCAGCAGUUUCAUUAUCAAUACUUCUGUCCCUUACGGCGAUGGAUAUCUUGCAAACUGCACCCUUUUCUGCGCCUCAUUGACUCCUGAGGCCAUAAUAAGAAUGCAGUGAGCCCUCUGUGAUCUAGAGGCGUGCUGUCUUCCAGUGUCCUCCCUUUCUCACCCUCUCAUGGCUCACAAGCCCUUGGCUGGAUGCAAGAAAAAUAAUGCUGUGCUGGGGGUGGGUGGGCUCAUAUGUAUAGUGGCUACUUAGGAAUUAAAACUGUGAUGUGGGGUAAAUUAUUCCCCCAAUACAGUGGUUUCCAAACCUCUCCCCUCUCCCAACAGUGCAUGAUAUUGGGAUAUUCAUACAGCAUUACGUGUGUUGUGAUCAGCAUCGCUCAUUCACUUGUUGAAUCAGCACAUCGGAGACUAUGCUAAAGUAAAUCACUGCAGGUGGCACUUGGCUUAAGUAAAUCACUGCAGGUGGCACCUAAGGAAAAGGAAUUUACUUCAUUUAUUUGAAACUGAUCAGCCAUAAAGUGCAGGUGUUGCAGGCCGGUUACUGGUUUGUCAGAUGUACAUGGCAGUGUAUUUGACCUGAUUAGCAAUCUGCCUGGCAGCAAUAGACUUUAUUAAGAGUCCAGUGGAUGGGAUGGCAACCCUAGCAGAGGAGGAGUUUGGAAACCACAGUCCUGAAUCAGUAUAAUAUGUGCAUGAGGGAUCCCAUCUGCUCUGGGUUCAUUUUAAGCUUCGCAGUUUCAUACAUAUUCACUUGUUUUGUGCCGGCUCAGCUCCAGGAAAUAUUUGUUUGGGCUUUUCUAUUCCAACGCAGGUUCCUAUUAGAAAGGGAAAUACUACAAAUUCAUUCAGUCAGAAAUACUGGCACACAUUGUAACUCCUGAAAUGUAAAUACCCAGGCAGCCAGGCUCCCAGCAUACUCUAACGUUAUUAUAUAGGGUUAGAGAAACCUGGCCAUUGUAGUCAACAUCAGGGAUGAAAGUUUUAAGGCAACAAUAAAAAAUGUCCCCAAUUCUCCUGGGGGAUUGGUUCAGUUAUACAGGAUACUCCAGUGAGAAUUGUGCCUUCUCUAUGUGUAUGUGCCCCCAGUUUCAGGUUCUUUAUUUCUGCAACUGGAGCUUUUGGUUCAAGCACACGGGCAGAUUCGGGGAGAUUUAGACUUCUGGCGACUAAUCGCCUCUUCCUGGGGGCGACAAUCACCCCAAUCUGCCUUUCCCCUGCCUGCCGCCUGCUAUAAUGACAAAAUGCCAGCACCAAUGCUCGAUUUCUGAAGUCGCCCGAAGUUGCCUCACGAGGAAG